GACAUGUUACAAUCUUGUCACGUAGAAAUCCCACGACACGAACGUGACAACCACCAACCUAACCAACCCGAAUAAUCAAACCAAAUGAAAGAGCCAUUGUGCUUUUAAUCCUCCCCUACUUAUCCUAAUUCUUAACCAUCUCUGCCUUCACACGCACGAGCAAUGCGGCUAGAGGCCGCCAUGGUAGGAGGGGAACAGCUUUCAUCUGAUCAGCAAGGCGCAGGAGUAUUACGGAGUUUCACAACGGCGAUCCUCUAGUGCUCUACCUAUUUUGUAGUUGAUGUAUGGACAUACGAAAGACCGGAGAGUUAGGGGAAGAAUGUUUAGAAAGUGGUUCAAGAGAAAGCAUAAGAGAGCUGAAUCCUAUCAACUGAGUCAAGUUUCAGAUGGGGGCGAAGAUGAAAGCGCAGAUUACUUGGAUGAUAUUCUCUUUCAGUCCAUAGAGAUGGAUCCAUGCACUUCAACUAGUGAGUUGAGAAUCUUUGUGGGAACUUGGAAUGUUGCUGGAAGGUCUCCCAGAGGGAGCUUGGCAGUAGAUUUGGAUGAGUGGUUGAAUCUUAAGGACGCGGCAGACAUGUAUGUUCUCGGAUUUCAGGAGAUCGUACCUUUGAAGACCCGAAAUGUGAUAGGAGUGGAAGACCCAACCGAAGCAAGAAACUGGAACCUGCUGAUAGGGAAAACUCUCAACGAAAAAUUCGGAUGCCCUUGGUCGACGCCCAUUGUUCAUCCAAUUUCUAGUGAGAACUACAAUUAUGUGCAACUUUCUGAACUCGAACCUGAAAUCACGAGGGAGCAAUCAAGAACCCUACAAGAAAAGCCAAAUAGUGUGAGUAAGUACAAGCUAAUUGCAAGCAAGAAGAUGGUUGGAGUCUUCAUUAGUGUAUGGAUGAAAAGUGAAUUGGUCAGAAAAUAUAACAUUUCAAAUGUUAAAGUUUGUUCCGUGGCCUGUGGCAUCAUGGGUUAUUUGGGAAACAAAGGUUCGGUUUCAGUUAGCAUGACAAUCGAGAGAACUAGUUUUUGCUUUGUUGUUGCCCAUUUAGCUUCUGGAGAGAAGAAAGGAGAUGAAGGUAGAAGGAAUCAUCAAGUCGCAGAGAUUUUUAAGCGAACGGCUUUCCCUCGAUCCUCUUCAGACGACGAUAUUCCUCAUCCUCUCACCAUCUUAGGACACGAUCGGAUUUUCUGGUUCGGGGAUCUCAACUAUAGGCUAUACUUGGAGGACAAUUCAGCCAGGCAGAUGAUAAAGAAACUAGACUGGACAGCGUUGCAAGAAUUUGAUCAACUUCGUAGGGAACGAGAAUAUGGUGGGGUAUUUCAGGGUUGGAAGGAGGGAGCUUUAGAAUUUGCACCUACCUAUAAGUAUUCUUCAUCAAAUUGCAAUCGCUAUUCAGGUGGGCUUCCAGGCAGAUCAGGAGAGAAGCAAAGGACUCCAGCAUGGUGUGAUAGAAUUCUGUGGUAUGGAAAAGGGGUGACACAGCUCUCUUAUUUCCGUAGUGAAAGUAAGUUCUCAGACCAUCGGCCCGUCUCUGCCCUAUUCUCAACACAGGUAGACGUAGAACAGUCUACUAAUCCAAGAAUGGUUUCAAUGCAUACCAUUCUUCCCGCCAUACAAACUCCUAAAGAAAUUAUGCAGAGCAACAGUGAUGAAGAGGCCAGUUCUACAUUUUUAUCAUUGAUCGUAAAGGAUUUCGAAGAAUCACCAACACAAAAUGGAAGUUGUAUAGAACAAAUAGAUGACAGUGGUUGCAGCUAGCAUUUGGCAAGUGUGUUGUUGGAUGCAUGCUCUCCAAUGUAGUGUAGUAAGCAAUUAUCUAUGAUAUAGUUAUAGUCGUUUAAUUUCAA